UAUUUCUCUUUGCAAUAGCUCUGUUUGUUUGAUUGCUUAGGAAAUUUUGGAGAGGGAGAUCAAAUAACUUUAUUAAAAUGGAGAAGGCAGUUCACUCAUCUACUACGCCUGGCCCGGAGGUUCCAGGGGAGGCAACGAAAACCGGCACUUCCAUAGUCGACACCGCCACCUCCGCCGUGCAAAGUUUUGCCCCGGUUAACCAAAUCCACCAACAUCUCUGCGCGUUCCAUUUCUAUUCUUACGACAUGACACGACAAGUGGAGGCUCACCAUUUCUGCAGUCACGUGAAUGAAGAUAUGCGCCAAUGUCUGAUCUACGACGGUCCGGAUGCAAACGCUCGUCUGAUCGGAUUGGAGUACAUAGUUACAGAGAAGUUGUUCAUGACUUUGCCUGACGAAGAGAAGAAACUUUGGCACACGCACGAGUGGGAAGUGAAAGGAGGGUUCUUGUUCAUGCCUGGUGUUCCAGGUCCCAUUCAGCGUCAAGAUCUUGACAAAGUCGCUAAGACUUAUGGCAAGGUUUUCCACUUUUGGCAAGUUGAUUUGGGCCAUGAUCUUCCCAUUGGUUUACCUAAUGUCAUGAUGGCCGUUACCCGCGACGGCCAACUUUUCCACGAGAUGAUUCAGGAGACAGAGAAGCGGUUUGGGGUAUCGAUCGAAGGAGAGAGGGAGGCAAGGGCGUACAUGUCAGGGCCAGAGCUCGGGAUCCAUCCAUUGGCGAAUGGAGGAGGCAAAGGGCUAAAACUAGAGUUGCGAGAGGUCGAUAUCAAGCCGGUUGAAUCCGUCGCAAGAGUCUUUGUCUGAGUUUAGUUAAGACCUUUUAUGUCAAAUAAUACCAUACAUCAAGCAACUUAAGUUUUGGAUAACAAUCAUAAGACGUAUAGUUUGGUUUGUUUUUAUAU